AUGUCCUUGGUGCAUAUUGCAGGCAUCUCUACCUUUUGCCCACAGCUCGAGCAAUCCACCGAAGUCUAUCAGCGAGUCAUGAGCGUCAAUACGGGCCGCUGCUUCUAUUUGACUCGUGCCGGCGUUUCUGCACAUGCAAAAGGCCGGAUACGGGAGGAUCGUGAACACAGCAUCUGGUACUGCUUGCAGCCAGAAGCAGGUUUGGCCGCUUGUGCGGCGCCCAAGAGCUCUGUAGCUGCGUUUCCACGAACAACUGUUGCGGAAGCCGGUCCUGGAGUCACGGCAAAUGUGGUAUCAUCUGGUCUGAUCUUGACGGAGACGACCUGGAGUUUACCAAACUCAAAGCUCGUCUCCGGCAAGGUGUUGGAAAAACAAUGUGUCAAGAGAUACGGACAACCGAAAUAUGUCGCGCGCACGAUAAACUGCAUUGCCCGCUCGGAAACCGAGUUUAUCACUGGGCAGGUCUUCGAGGUGAAUGGAGGUAUGAUGCUCAGCUGA